GUAUCCACUACCGACAUGUGGGCCCGGAACAUCCCCCUCUUGUUCUUUAAAUCCGCUCGCAGACUCUCUUCCUUCUCUCUUCCCCUGCCUCUGCGGCUCUGCCUGCCAUCUCUCUUCCUCCUUCCACAGGCGCCGCCGCAGGCCCCUUCCCGAUCUCCGAGGCAAAGCUGCGACCCCGCCACCGCCGCCAUGGCGUUCGAGAAGAUCAAGGUCUCCAACCCCAUCGUCGAGAUGGACGGUGAUGAGAUGACCAGGGUAUUCUGGCAGUCUAUCAAGGACAAGCUUAUUUUUCCAUUUCUUGAUCUGGACAUCAAGUACUAUGAUUUGGGGAUACUGCAUCGGGAUGCAACUGAUGACAAGGUCACAGUGGAGGCUGCAGAGGCUACUCUCAAGUACAAUGUGGCUAUUAAGUGUGCGACCAUCACUCCAGAUGAAACUCGGGUUAAGGAGUUCAACCUGAAGCACAUGUGGAAGAGCCCAAAUGGCACAAUUAGGAACAUUAUAAACGGCACUGUGUUCAGAGAGCCGAUUAUAUGCAAAAAUGUGCCAAGGCUUGUUCCAGGAUGGACUAAGCCCAUCUGCAUUGGAAGGCAUGCCUUCGGUGAUCAGUACCGUGCUACUGAUGCAGUUCUGAAGGGGCCUGGGAAGCUGAAGCUAGUUUUUGAGGGAAAAGAAGAACAGAUUGAUCUGGAGGUGUUCAACUUCACUGGUGCUGGAGGAGUUGCCUUGUCUAUGUACAACACUGAUGAGUCAAUUCGAGCUUUUGCCGAGGCUUCUAUGACAACUGCUUAUGAGAAGAAAUGGCCACUCUACCUUAGCACCAAAAACACAAUCCUGAAAAAAUACGAUGGCAGGUUUAAGGACAUUUUCCAGGAGGUCUAUGAAGCUGGCUGGAAAUCAAAAUUUGAGGCUGCUGGAAUAUGGUAUGAGCAUCGUCUUAUUGAUGACAUGGUUGCGUAUGCGCUUAAGAGUGAAGGAGGCUAUGUGUGGGCUUGCAAGAAUUACGAUGGAGAUGUGCAGAGUGAUUUCUUAGCUCAAGGUUUUGGCUCUUUGGGUUUGAUGACAUCAGUGUUGGUGUGCCCUGAUGGAAAAACCAUUGAAGCUGAAGCUGCCCACGGCACAGUUACCCGUCAUUUCCGUGUUCACCAGAAAGGAGGUGAAACCAGUACGAACAGCAUUGCUUCAAUCUUUGCAUGGACAAGAGGACUUGCACACAGGGCAAAGCUGGAUGACAAUGCUAGGCUACUCGACUUCGCUCUCAAACUCGAGGCUGCUUGCGUCGGAACUGUGGAGUCUGGGAAGAUGACUAAAGAUCUUGCACUUCUUGUUCAUGGGUCCGCCAGCGUCACAAGAAGCCAUUACCUGAACACUGAAGAGUUCAUCGAUGCAGUUGCUACUGAGCUCCGAUCAAGAUUGGGAGCCAAUUGAGCUUACAAGAAACUUUGUGCAUGGCGACUUGAAUGCUUCAUCACCGAUCUGCUCCAGUCAUUUCUGUUACAUUGGUACUGCCAGUCAUGCUUCCGUGAUGAAUUGAAUGUGCGUCAUCGCAAUGCAAUUUCGAUCGAAGCUGAUUAAAGAUGAUGGUGUCACGUGAGCGCCCAUAAUAAAGGAUAUAUAGAACAACUGUGGCAGAUGAUUAAAAUACUUUUAUGUUUGCUAAGUUCAGUCAUUCCCUGGGUAUUUUCUUGUUUUCUCCUUUUCUGUAGUUCACAAAUCACGCAGUUCGUUCGGUUUGGUUUGCCCAUUCCGUAGUUCGCCGAUAA